GGUGCGGACACAAGACUAAGCGACAGCUCUGACAGAAGCAGCGAAGCAGGAUGCUGGCUUUCAGACACGUUGGGCUCUGUGCUUUCCUGCUGCUUUAACCAUCGCAGUAAAGAAAUUCGAACCGUCUCGUUUUCAGGACUGGCCGCAAGACGGAGACAAAAGAAGCAAGCACAGGUUCUGCUGUGUGGACAAGGUGUUGGCAUCGUCUGCUUUUGGCAGCGCUGCGCUGGAUCGCUGCGUUUGGAACGUACCUCGGGAGCGAUUCGAGCGCCGGCUGUAGACCGGGACCGCGUGAGCGAGCGGCCGCGGGCUGAGGUUCAGUCCCGGGCUCCAGUGGCAAUGGGGCUCCCCACUCUGGAGUUCACCGAUUGCUCCCUGGACAGCCCCGACUUCAGGGAUCGUCUGAAAGCUCAUGAGAUCGAGCUGGAGCGGACCAACAAAUUCAUCAAGGAGCUGAUUAAAGACGGGCUCAUGCUGAUUAACGCAUUGAAAAAUUUGUCUGCAGCAGUUCAGAGGUUUUCACAGUCAUUACAGGAUUUUCAAUUUGAAUGCAUUGGUGAUGCAGAGACUGAUGAUGAAAUUAAUAUUGCUCAGUCCUUCAAAGAAUUUGCACAACUUCUUCAUACUGUUGAAGAAGAGCGAAGACGAUUGAUUCAGAAUGCUAAUGAUGUCUUAAUUGCACCAUUGGAGAAAUUUCGUAAAGAUCAAAUUGGAGCAGCAAAAGAUGGAAAGAAAAAGUUUGAUAAAGAAAGUGAGAAAUACUAUUCUAUAUUGGAGAAGCAUUUGAAUCUGUCAUCAAGGAAAAAAGAAGCACAUUUACAAGAGGCUGAUACACAAAUUGACAAGGAGCGGCAGAAUUUUUAUGAAGCUUCAUUGGAAUACGUGUUCAAAGUUCAAGAAGUUCAGGAAAAAAAGAAAUUUGAGUUUGUUGAACCCUUGUUGGCAUUUCUUCAAGGGUUAUUCACAUUCUACCAUGAAGGCUAUGAGCUCGCACAGGAAUUUGCACCAUACAAACAGCAGCUACAAUACAAUCUGCAAAAUACCAGAAAUAAUUUUGAAAGUACAAGGCAGGAAGUGGAAAGACUGAUGCAGAGAAUGAAGUCAGCCCCUCAGGAUUACAAGCCACCUGGUCAAUGGACAAUGGAGGGAUAUCUGUAUGUGCAGGAAAAACGACCCCUUGGAUUUGCAUGGAUAAAGCACUACUGCACCUAUGACAAAGCAACAAAAGCAUUUUCAAUGACAUUAUGUGAACCAAAGUCAGGGGGAAAAUUGAACGGCCUUGUAACAGCUUCAGAAAUAUUCAAACUGAAGUUUUGCAUUCGAAGAAAGACGGACUCAAUUGAUAAGCGCUUCUGUUUUGAUAUUGAAGUCGUGGAAAGGCAUGGCAUUGUAACACUACAAGCUCAGUCUGAAGCCAACAGAAAACUUUGGUUAGAAGCAAUGGAUGGAAAAGAGCCAAUAUACACUCUGCCACCUCUUAGCAAGAAAGAAGAAUUGUACCUUAAUGAGGCAGGUUUUAAUUUUGUAAAGAAGUGCAUUGAAGCUGUGGAGGCACGAGGUAUUAAUGCCAUGGGACUGUACAGAAUGAGUGGAGUAAAUUCCAAAGUGCAGAAGCUGAUGAGUACUGUAUUUGCACCUAAAGCACCACCUGACAUGGAACUUGAUAGUGAAUUGUGGGAUAUGAAGACAAUUACAAGUGGCCUUAAAACUUAUCUCAGAUGCCUUGUAGAACCAUUGAUGACUUAUAAACUGCAUAAGGAUUUAAUUGCAGCUGUUAAAUCAGAUGACCAAAAUUACAGAGUCCGUGCUGUUCACGCAUUGGUUUAUAAGUUGCCAGAAAAGAACAGGGAGAUGCUUGACCUUUUGCUGAAACAUUUAGUAAAAGUAUCCACUCAUAGUCAAAAGAACCUGAUGACUAUAUCCAACUUGGGUGUGAUUUUUGGUCCAACACUGAUGAGAUCCCAAGAGGAGACUGUAGCAGCAAUGAUGAACAUUAAAUUUCAGAACAUUGUGGUUGAGAUUCUGAUCGAGAAUUAUGAAAAGAUAUUCCAUACUCUACCUGACCCAAAUGUUCCUCUUCCUCAACCCGAGCAGAGAUCGGGGUCUAGGCGAAGCAAGGCAACUUGCCUGUCAACAGGCCCAAGAAGACCCAAAGCCAUCUACAGCCCAACAUUGUGUCUGGCUGAUGCAGACAGUGAUGCUUUCAGCAGCAGCCCAGACAGUACACCGAUGGGAAGCAUAGAGUCUCUAUCGUCUCAUUCCUCAGAGAUAAACAGUUCCUCGAAAACCAGCUCUUCUCAGCGUCAUUUGCAAAGGGAGAUAGGAGAUAGUGGAAUACCUUGGGUGUCAGCACCUGCCUCACUGCCUGGGCAAAAGGACACAAUUGUCUGGACCACUAGCCCAGAAUCAAGCUCCAGUGAAGAUACUGUUAAAACAGAUGGUCAGGCAGAUUCUCAGAGUUUGUUGUCUGUUACUAAUGUAGGAAAUACAUCUCAGACAUUAAACCUAUGCAGUGAGGGAUCCUAUAAAUACACUGGACUUAAAAGAUCAAUAACAACUUCUCUAACAUCUCUCCCUACAACUGAUGGUGCUAAUACUAGAACUUUCAGCAGUUCUGUUCAGAAUCUUUCUUCAAUGGAUUUCAAAGAUACGCCCAAAACUGCAUCUAAUCCGACACUUCCUCCAAAAGUGACUAUUAGACGAAGACUAGACACAUCAACAAGCAAUGGCUAUCAGAAACCUGGAUCAGUAGUUGCAUCCAGAGCUCAGUUGUUUGAAAAUAUUGGUACUGCUAAACCAAAUUCAUCCAAAUGCCAAGCCAAAGCUAUGUAUGCUUGUAAAGCUGAGCACAGCCACGAACUUUCUUUCCCACAGGGAGCAAUGUUCACUAAUGUACAUGCAUCAGUGGAACCAGGUUGGCUACAAGGAACAUAUGAAGGGAAAACAGGACUGAUCCCUGCAAAUUAUGUUGUCUUUCUUUGAUAACUGCUAGCAAGACUAGAACAUCUCCAUGGCAUCCAUGGUGAACAAAAUGGCACAAACUGAAAAUGCUAUAUUCCAAAACAGCUAAACAGAUGUCAGACAGUCAGAAGUGAUGGAAUAUGUCUAUCUGCAGAGUACAUACCUUUUUAUGGUAUGGAGUAUAGGAUUGAAGUCUGCAUCAAUAACUGUUCACUUUAAUAAAAUCAUUCAUCUUAUUAUCCAUACUUAUUGAUACCAUUCAUUUUACAAAAUUGCAAGUGGAAAAGAUAGUUGAAUUUCAGUAUAUAUAGAUGUGCAUAUAUGUUUUAAAAAACUAUGGUAUUUUCAUUUAAAGACUCCCUGUUUUAAGUACCAAAUAUUGGAUAUUGGUUAUAUCACAACAGUAUGACCAAUGAAGGUCUUAUUUCAUCAAUUUCUGUUUAUUUCCAUGAAAAAUGUCACAUUGGAUGAAGAAAGGAGAAAUCUAUACACGUUGAUUGAUCUCAGCCUGCUGUCUUCCUUUGUAGCAAAUGUGACAGAAGCCGCCAUACCAAAUUUAUAAUGCCAAAGUACAUAAGGACUAAUGAAUCAAUUGACACCAAAGUUUUGAGAUAGUGAUUUUUCCAAGCCUCCAGUGUUGUGUUGAUCUCAGAUCAUCUGCAAAAGCCUCAAACCUUCUCUGGGCGUAUCCAGUUUUCCAACAAUCAAGUAUUGAUUAUAAUCUAAUUGCUACAUAUAGGAAACUACACAGUACUUUUUACACAAUUUUAGUUUCUCUUGUAUCAAAGUCAUGUUGACAUAUUUGUGUAGUUAUAUAUAUAUAUGUGACUAUUGAUAAUUCUGCUACAAAUCAAAAAUUACUUUAUUUCUGCUACAUAGAUUUGAAAUAUAAUGUUUUUUGGGCAAAUCAUUGCAUCAACAAAAUUUUAGAUUUUACUCAAAGAAAAUACUGCCAAGCUUUAUGAAAGAAAGUCAGAGAGAGAGAGAGAAUUGUUGUAGCCUUGAGGACAAACCGCACUUUUUACUCUAAUUUUAUUUUAUUCCAGUACACUGGUGUAUUGGCAUCUUUUCUUAAAUAUCAAUUUGUUUUCAUUAAGUAUAUAUCAUACAGUGGUUACAUUGAUAGUUGAAACUAUAUAAUGUCAAAUAGUUUAGUUGGUUUUAGUAUAUUUAAUUAUUAAUAUCUAUUACAAAAUGCUAAAUUAGUUCAUCUGAAUGUGUUGUGUUCAUUCAAAAUGCUUUUCAUAAAAUUCCCUGGUUGUACCAAGAACUUGGUACACCGUCGACACAAUGUUACUAUUAUUUUUAAUGGACUUGUAUUUGUGGUACAAUAUAUUAAAAACAGACAUAUUUAAAGACUGAAGAAUGAUAGAAUCAGUAGAAAUUUACAGUCAAAUGGUUUUGGGCCAAUUUGUAUACUUUGCAAUAAUGUGAAUGGUGAUACUACAUGGAAAGAUGUGUGUUAAUUACUACAGUGGUCAUAAGAAAGGAUUUUUUUGUGUGGAAGCAAAAUAAAUUAUAUUUAGCUACACUGAUGUAGGAUUAUGUGUUGGAUUGGCAGAUUUUACCUUUCCAAAUAGUGACACUUCUUUACAUUGAAUAUGAUGAUUUAUUAAUGGUACAAUUGAUUUAAAAUGCCAUUUUCAACUUCAGAAGACUAUUUUCUGAUCAGACAAGGCUCUGCAGCGAUGUAAUUUAUGUUUCAAUAAAA